GUUGGAGUCGAUCUUCUUCUCAGAAGUAGGAAAAGAGGUCCCAAUGGUAGUACCAGCCUCAGGUGACGCGACCGAACUACUGUUGUCUGUUCUGGGCCUUUUAUGUUGAGGAGCCUCGCCGCCAUUGUUCUGUUUGUGCCUUUUCAUGGUUGGGGCCAUGGAGAGAUGUACCAGGAGGAGCUGAAAUGCAGCUGGGGCCUGAUGUAGGAUUUUUGAAGAAACGUUGCUUAACAAAGAAAUUAAAAUAUUAACUAGAAGCAACUAUGAAUUUGAUAAAAACGCGGUUGAUCUGCUGGCGGUGGUGACCUCAUUUGAAUGGGGAUUAGGCGCCAGACGGGCUUAGCGCCGGACGGAACAAUAUCCGCGCCGAUCAGGGCCGGCAUGCCCGCAGAGCCGCCUUUCACGCUUUCUCCCGAGACGUUCUUGUUGCCCGCUCAAAAUGCAAAAGCGUUCGUUACCAACAAUGGAGCACUUAAUUUCUGAUCUUGUGAUAAUUUCGAUCCCGAUACAUUGAUAUUGCCCAAUAUCAAUUCUGUUUCUUCUAAUACCUAUCCUCUUGCAGACGACACAAUGAAUAAUACCAUUUCAGUUUUUGCGCUAUGAACUGUGCCUGUAAAAAGAACAUGACCGCCAUCUAACUCUUACCUAACCAAUCUCUCGACAAAUCCCCGAGUAUUGCUGUCCUGGUCGGUGUUGCCGUUGUUGUCAGACUACCAGGUUAUCUACCAUUGUCGUUAUUAGACGGCCACGAAGAAACGUUUCCCAAUGGGUGAAAUCGACCAUUCUGCCGAAGCGACCCUUGUGCUAUCGGAGCCAGACUUCCCACUCGCUAUUAGUGAGUCCCUGGUUCCGGUCCGUGAAAACAAAACGGCGGGAACAGUGCUUCUCUCCCUCGAUGGACUCCUAACCCCCCCUCUACAAAUCAAGGAAGACCUGAAAGACGGGUGUGGUGGGAAACUAUGGCCAGCCGGGAUGGUGCUGGCGAAAUAUAUGCUUCGCAAGCACAAGUCUGACCUCCGCGGGAAAGUAAUUGUCGAACUUGGUGCUGGAGGCGGGCUCGUUGGACUUGCGGUAGCACGAGGAUGCGCAGUUGACUCGCCAAUUUACAUCACCGACCAGAUCCCGAUGCUGUCACUAAUGCAAAGUAAUGUCCAGUUAAACGGUCUGUCUGACAUCGUUCACCCGGCCGUACUCGACUGGGGCAGCGCGCUCCCAGAGGGGGUCCCAUCGGACCCUGCUGUAAUUAUUGCUGCGGAUUGUGUCUACUUCGAACCUGCAUUUCCGCUAUUAUUAUCAACUCUUCAGAAUCUGCUUAGCAGUUCGCAUUCAUUAUGCUACUUUUGUUUCAAAAAGCGGCGUCGUGCAGAUCUCAGAUUCAUGAAACAGGCAAAAAAGUUAUUCAAUGUGGUUGAAGUAAAGGAUGAUCCGGAUCGUGACCGUUAUUCGAAAGAAAGCAUUUUUCUAUACAUCAUCAGGAAAAGGGAGGUGAAAUCUGAAGAACCGGGGAAGCGCAAGGAGGAGAUAAUGCAAUGAUACAUCAAGUAAUGGAGUGGAUGCAAUAUUAUGGUAGCUUAGAGAUGAACAUUAUCAUAUUAUGUAUUUUGUCUACACUUCAAGAUGCCGUCCAAAUAUUAUAGCUUCAAGACAAGUUGCCCUCUAUUUUCAUUAGAAGACACCUUAUUGCCGUAUACAUCCUUAAGAUCGCCUUGGUUUCCAAUCACCUUAACACCACCCUUCUUCAAGUCGGAAACAAUCCUUUGUUUCUCAGCUUGCUUUCCAGUACGUAGAGGCUGAGAAGAAUUCUUCUUCAAUUUUUGCUUCUCGCGUCUCCGUCUUCGCAAUUUCGCUUCUCGCGUCAUCUCCUCCUUGGACACUGUCACCCCGCUCUUGAGAACCACUUCACCCCGCACCUUGCCCUCAUCGCCAGGAGCGUACAUUUCCUGCGGCGCAAGCAUGCCUGACGAGUCCAUUCCCGCUCCACCCGUUGGUCUCGCAUCCUCCAUCGCAAUGGUAGCGACAUCGGUGACAACAUUGAUGCUUGCCUGCGGCGGCUUAGGCUUAUGGUGCCAGCUUGAAAGCGUAUCUAAUUGAGAGCUGAUGUUACUCCACAGUCGAGCAAUCUCUUCGUGAUCACCUUUCAACUUCUCGCUCUUCUGGUCCACGAAUGCAGAAUCCGUUUUGCGAAGAUGAUCCUCCUCGUAUAGCUCUGCUAGACUCUGCUGUGGUUUUGUCUCGUCGAGUGUAAAUUGAUCACGUUUACGCUGGGCUUCGCUGCCUGGAAUAUACGGUUGGCGACGUGGGACUUCAUCAAAUUCCUUGGCCAAAAUACGCCGUUUGAUAAGCGCUUCAAUGUCAUCCGAUACUUCAGUUGAGAUCACAGGUACAGGCUUCCCAACACGUUCAAACUCAAGAUCUUCUUCGAUCAACGAAUUUACGGGGCGGUCUGGCGCCUUCGCUUCUCCAGAAAGCAUCCAUUCCUUUUUGGAAACAUUCGCGGCUUCCAAUCGUCGAAUUUCAUCCGUGAGCUUGGCUUGUCGUUUCUCAUGGGUAGACUGAGCUGUCCCUGUUUGUCGCGCGGAGCCGUCCAUUUCCUCAUCGUCGGACAUAUCAUCGUCAAAAAGAUCGCGUUGUACAUCAGAAAUAGCACGACGGAUCCUAGCUUCGAUGUCUUCAUCGGGAGUGGGCGAUUUGUGUUUAGACAAAACACCAUUUUGUCGACCUUUUGGAGCUUUGGAAGGAGGAGGAUCAAAAAAAUCAGCGUAUUUUAUGUCAUUCGCAUUACCACCC